CCGAACUCUUUUGCAAGAAGUGCAUUUGAUUCGCCAGCUUCUAAGCGAUGUAUAAUUGCAGCUUUUUCUUCAAUAGAAAAACAUUUUCUCUUCAGAGCACUCAUUGCGGCGCAUCUUCUUAUUGUCUGACCGCGAAAAAAUAACUAACUAACUGACAUUUAUACGUUGAAGACGAGACUGAUUUACAAAAAUUUACGAAAUACAUUCAUAAGUAAAUAGCUAUCUACUAGCGAAAGACAUAAAAACAUUCUUCCGCACUUUACUGUUAUUGAUUUCGCAACUGAUCGGCGACAUUCAUUCUUAAUAAAAAAAGCAUGCGUCGUCGUUAUAACCAGUAAACUUAUCUUAAAAUUUCGUGAAAUUACGUCGCUAAAGCCGGUAUGUCGCUAAAAACGGUGACGCUUUAAGCAAUGCUUUUUUCAAAAAUUUGUACUAAAACCAAACUUUAAGUUGCGUUUACGUCGCUAAAAGCGGUCGGACGCUGUAAGCGAGGUCGUUAUAUUCGGAUUAUACUGUAUAUAUAUGUAUAUAUAUAUGUACAUUUUUUUUUUUUUACCGUUUCACCAAUGUGCCGUUCUUUUUGGCUCGAAGGACCAUGUAUUUUUCACUACUUCACCCUUUGCGGCGAAGUGCGCCUUCUUAAUCUUCACACUCACCUUCUCGAUGACCACCAAGUUUGGUUUUAUAAAAACUGGAAAAAUGGACUUGCUUCAAUGUGCAUACGCGUGCACUAGUAUAGGUACUUAUAUUGCGGUUGUAUUUUGCUUAUAUACAAUUUUAAAAAAUGCCUUGUAAAAUGAGUAGCGGUUGAUAAUUCCGACUCGGGAUGAACAAUAAGGUAAAAUUCACUUUUAAAGAAAUGCUUGUAGCGGUUGAUAACUCCGACUCGGGAAAAAAAAAUGUUGAAACUGGGGGAUGGGUAAAAACGCCGUUCAAAAGAUGUUCGCACACGCGGAACUCCGACUUGAUGAAAAAGUGUUGAAACUGGAGGAUGGACAAAACGCCGUUCAAAAAUGUUCGCACACGCGUAACUCCGACUUGAUGAAAAAUGUUGAAAUUGGAGGAUGGAAAAAAACGCCGUUCAAAAAUGGUUCGCACACGCGUACUGGUUGCUGCUAAUAUUGAAAGCAAAGUGAGUUGCAGUUGUCCUUUUGGUCCCCUUUUCUUUUCUAUUGUGUGUGGAAUCAGCUGGUGUGAUGUGGUUGGUUAGUGUGUAGGGUAGAAUGUAAGCUUUGGUGGUUUGUGACGUGGGUAUGGUGAAGGUGCGUCUCAAUGUUGUGAAGUUGAUGUGGUGUGAUCGUGUGGUGUGUGUGUGGAUGCCUGGGGGAGGAUGCUUAUUUGUACAUCAUAACAAUAGAGUAGGAUUUUUUAUAAUUGUAAUAAUUGGCCCUAUCACGCAAUCCAUCGUAGGCUGUUUUUUCGUGAAAGAUACGAAACUGAUAUCAAGCAAUUCGAACAGUUCCGAACGUAAGUUCGAAAUUCGUGGCGUGGCAUUAACUGAAUACAUUCGGAACGUCAAAUUGUGAAUUUUGUCGGAAUUUUUAGGCGACAAUUUUUGCUUGCGGAGAAAUAAAUAUAAAAAACUAAGAAUGUAAAUUCAAACUAUAAAAUAUUUGAUUAGAGAAAAAUAAUCUUUAAUGCGAUUUCCACAAGUCUAAAGUAAUUACCACCAAGCAGCAAUUUGCACUAAUGGUUGAGCUGUUACAGCAAAAACCUGAAAUGGCGCAGGGUUUUGCCAAGUGCCCUAAAGAAGAAGCGGCAGCUUUUUGGAAUAAUAUGGCCCAGGAACUGAACAGUGUUGGUCCGCCUACCAAGGAUAUUUCCAGCUGGAAGAAGAAAUAUGCAGCACCAUUUCAACGAAUUGAGGAAGCGGUGAUAACACUAAUGGCAAUAGAGACGAUUACAAGUGGAAUUGAAAAUACAGUGAGCAUGGGCUUACCUAUGGCAGCCGACGUUGGCAAUGCCAUCAGUGACCUGCAGUCCAGCACUGCCUAUACGUACUCCUAGGCCACCCGAUACAUGUUCAGCCGAAUUAUUAUAAUAAAAGAACAACCUUCACUUCAAAAAAAAUUUCAGAAAAAUGUUCACGAUAAGUUGGACGAUCUUUACUCAGGUAAUCGACGAUUAGGCAGAGCAUUUAAAAAGCAAAACGACUUGAAGAAAGCGGACGUGGAAGAAAUUGAAAGGCACAACAUAGGUAUGGAGAAUUUGAUAGCUGCUAAGGAUUCAAUAAAACAUCAAAUGUUGGAAGUGGAAGAAAA